CAAUAAGUACAAAAACCACAAAAGGCAAGGCUAGCUGCCAUGCGGCGAGUCUCUGACUAAGGAACCUUAUGCAGAGACGGGAUAGACCCAGCUGUCCAGGGUCAUUUGUCAAACUCUUGCUGCUUCUAACGCUUUUAGUUUCACAGUACUCAUUGUCUUGGGGCGACAGCUUACACUUCUCGGCAACAGCCCUUGGGCGCGCGGAUUACAAGGAUGAGGACUUUGUCAUUGUCAUUGGCACCAGCCAGGAGCGGCUUAAGAUUGCACAAGCAUCAAGGCCGCUGAGGGCCGGCAUCCGCACUUUCAUCGCCCUCGACAACGCCACUCUAGCAGAUGAGCUCAACAAGCAGGGCAUCCCCUAUGAGACGUAUGCAUUCUUCCCUGACAGGCAAAUCAGCGGACCGGAGCGCGACAAGCCGGGUGACACGCGCUGGCAAGCUGCCCCCUUCCUGGCGCACCGGCACUACGGGGGCAGCUACCGGUGGAUGCUGCUGGGGGACGAUGACACGCUAUGGUUCAUGAGGGGUGUCACGUGGCUUCUGCGGGAGUACGACCCCGACCUGCCGUACGUGCUGUCCGACCACCUAGGGGACCACAACCCGCGCGGCUUCUUCUUGCCCUCGCCCCUCGCCGCCGUCUGCUCGCCCUGCCACUGGCCCCGUCUGCUGGCAACGCACCCCCACCUGCAGCAGCAACAGCAGCAGCUGGCAGCACGUAGCGCUCCCAUCGUCUCAGCACAGGAGCUGGCCGGCUGGGAUCCGCGGGAGCUGGACGGAUGGGGCAUCGGCAGGUUGCGGCCGCGACGCGGCAAGCGGGUGGGUUUCGGAGCCGCCCAGUCGCAUGAGGAGGCCGCGGGCCAGGUUGGCAGCGGCGGUGGCUGGCUGGGAAGGGGUUGGCGGUGGCAGGUCGGCAAGCGGCAACCUCGUCCCCAGAACAGCAGCGUGGUCGGCCCGGCAGCAGGCCCUACACGGCAGCUGCGGGAAGCUGAGCAGGCUGCGAAGGAAGCUGAGCGGGCGCAGCAGCAGCAACCUUCGGACGCGGCGGCGGCAGCUGGCGACCAACCUGCGCGAGGGAUGCCCCCCGGGCCCAUUGCUACCGACGGCAGCAACAGCAGCGGCAACACCACCUCCUUCCCGCUGGUAUGGCCUCGGAAACAGCCGCUGCAGCCGGUCAAUAUGACCGCCCUGCUGCAGCUAGCCUACUACGGAAACGACCCGGCGGCGCCCAUUCCGCCUCCGGGCUGCCCCUGCCAGCCGGCACAGGGCUGCCUGCACCGCGCGCGUCUGUGCCGGGGCAGCAGCGGCCGCAGCCAGGAGCUGUGCGGGCGCUCGCUGGUGUUCAAGACCUGGGGCUUCCGAGGCAACCGCACCUGGUGCCGACACAGCUGGCCGCAUGGGGGUGCCGGGGUGGUGCUGUCGGUUGGGCUGAUGAGGAACGUGACCGGCGGGCCGGUGGAGGAGUGCGCGCGGAGCACGCUGCUGCACUCCUGUGACAUGAACCUCGCCAUGUGCCUCAUGCAGGCUCAGGGAGGCGGGUUCAUGGUGACGCACCCGGGCAAUGCGGUGCUGCAUGGCGCGGGCUGGGCCGACCCACGGUUCAUCUUGUUCGAUAACACGGUGUACGGCGCGGCGGUGCGUGACCCUGAGGGAGUGCUGAAGGGGCGGGUGGCGUGCAGACGGGAGGACCGGGUUGCGGCACUGGCGGCGGCGGCGGCGCUGGCUGAGGAGAGCGCUGGGUUGGAGGAUGACGAGGAUUUAGAGGAAGGCGAGGAGCAGGAGAAGAGUGAGGAGGCGGGAGGAGGAAGUGAUGAGGAGAAGGUGGAAGGAGGCAGCAUGGGAGCAGUGCUGGGAGCGUCUGAUGCGACAGCUGCAUCCAAUCCGAUCUUGGCUGGUGCGGCGCAGCACCAGCGACACCGCAGGGCCCUGCGCGACUUGCCACGCGAUGCGGUCUCCUCACAACAGCAGCAGCAGCAGCUCCCAGGCGGGUUGGUGGGCGGUGCGAGGGACGACGACAUGGCAAUGUGCAGGUGGCUGGUGCGUCACGCGGUGUCCGUACACAUGCACGGCAGGAGCUUCCCGAGCCCAGGAGCGGCUGCGGAGGCCGUUGGGAGGGUCGCAGCGUCGUACUUGGGCGCGCAUGCUCUGCUUAGCAGGGGUGAUGGUUAGCUCGCUCCGGGGUGAGAGAGUGGAUCAGCGGGGCGCUGCUGUGGUGUUAAGGACGAGGACGAGAUCGGUUGGGAGCAAACGAACGAGUGAUAACGUUUAGCUGUAAGGUUAUGGUCAUUCUUUGUGGGAGCCAGGGAACCGCUAGCAGUACACGACGUGUAACCCUGACAUGUUACCGAUAUCAUCUUUGAGACAUGACAGC